AUGGUGCCUCCUUCCCUGGCGCUGCUCAGCCUCCUCGGAGCCGCCGCUCUGGCAGGUGUUAGAUCAGCACCGGUGGAAAAAGAUGAUCAUGUUGAAGAAAUGGUGACACGAUGCAUCGUAGAGGUCCUUUUGAACGGUCUGUCAAAACCCAAUGCUCCGCCAAUCAACCCCCUGUGCAAGGAAUUUCUGAAGAAAAGCGGCCAGCAAAAGGCAGAAGAGAAGAGAAUAGGCCACGACAUAGAACUGAACACAAGGCUUUCAUCAGAAUCCAAAGAACUGGAGAGACCACCAGAAGGGACUGUGAAGGAAAGACUGAAUGAAGAAGAAUUCAAAAGACAGGUCAAAGGAGGUGAAAAAUGGCAUCCAGAGGAAGGAAAACAUGAGGGAAAAGAUGACCAACAAAUUGCCCCCCAAGGGAGCCCUGAUUCUUAUGAUGAAGACCACAAAGAGGAAAAAAAGAAUGAGGGUGAGAAAAGAAACGAAGAAGAUGGAAGCUAUCCAAGAAAUUACCACAGUGAAGAAGGAAGCAGAGAAGAGAAACAUAAUGAGGAGGAGGAGCAUGAACCUCUGGACAAAAAGUCACUUUCUACAGUCGGAAGGGUGGCUGAGGGUGACCACAAACAUUCUGUGGGCCUAAAGCACUCUGAGGAAAGUGUACAAAGCCAAGAAAAAGGAAACCAGGAAAGCAAGGAAGAGGAGGAGGAGGAGGAAGAAGAGGAGGAGGAGAGCAAUGAAAAGUAUCACCACAGUUUUCAUCGAGAAUAUGAAGAUUCUUACGAGAAAGAAGCUGAGGCCGAAAAACGAGACCACAAACCAAGACAGAACCACAGGAAACCCAGGCUGGGCAAUUCUUCUGAAUAUAGAAGACAUCGUAAUGGUGAAAAGAGGGAUUCCCUUGAAGAGUCAAGCGAGGAAGAAGAUGACUUCUGGAAUAAAAGGGGCCACUGGCCCAAACACUAUUAUGAGACAGGACAUCAUUAUGAGGAAAAGAGAAACUCCGAGGAGAUGCAUGACUCUGAAGAAAUGGAGGGAAAGGGCAGGAGUAAAGAGUACUACAACAGAAAGUAUCACAGCAAAGAAGAGGAAGAUACAAGACACCAUGGCAGGGAAAGUGAAGAGAAUCAGCACCACUAUGAGAGAAAAAGACUCCAUGAUGAGCCACAAAAGGAAGUAAGACGCCAUUAUGAGGAAAGGAAGCCUCAUGGCGAAGCAAGUGUUGAAGAUAUGGGCAAGCAACAUAGUUUGGGGGGCUGGGAUGAGAAACAGCGAAGAAUGGCCAAGAUGGAGGAGAUCCCAAAGUCACCAAACAUGGUCAUGGAGGAGGGAGAGCAGAGGUUCUACAGCCCAGAAGAGGAGACCAGGGAAGAAAAACGGCACUAUCCUACUGUCCUGGAGGAAGAGCUUGAAAAGAGACAUUACAGUGAGGGGAAAAAACAUGGCAUUAAUAAAAGGACAUUCCUAGUUGAGGAGGGCUAUCCAAGAAGCCACUAUCUCAUACAGAACGUGAAAAGAGCUGCAGCGUCAUACAUGCCUUACUACCAGCAGCUCAGAUGGAAGAACAGACAUGCUGAAAAGAAGGACGAUACGGCCGACCCGUUUUUGGAGAGCGAAGAAGAACCCAGGUCCCGCCUGGAUGAAAGAGAUUUCUUUCCUGACUAUAAUGACUAUGAGCCAUGGGAGCAGAAGCAACUUAUGGACAGCCUGAAUCACAAGCACAGUGAGAACAGCCGCCGUGAAAAAACCCACAAAUUCGACGUUAAGAGACAGUACAACAGGAUGGAUGAACUCGCCCAUCUUCUGAACUACAGGAAGAAAUCAGCUGAGUUUCCAGAAUUAUACAGCUCCAACGAAGAUGUGAAGAGGGGACACGUGAUAAGGAGUGGUGAGGGCAAACUCGGUCAGAGGCCUCUGACACAAGAGGAGGAGAAAGAACUGGAAAAUCUGGCCGCUAUGGACCUGGAGCUACAGAAAAUGGCGGAGAAGUUCAACAAUAACCGGCAGGGAUGAAUUUUGCCUGGCAUGAUGUGGGUAUGGUAAAGUGUAGCGUUAUUGACAGUAACCUCUAUUUAUUGGUAAAAAUCACUGCCAUCACUAAUGUUCACUUU